CCCCCCCUCCCGCGCGCGCGCGCCUCCUGUGCCCCUAUCCCAUUCUUUCCCAACCUCCCCCCCGCACAUGAUGCUCCCCGGACGAGCGCCGCUCUCGGCGGCCCUCCGCACGGCCGGGCAGCUCCCCCAUCUCCGAGCAGCCGCCCUGCGAGCCUUCUCCACGUCAGCUGAAGCGGCCGAUCCCGCUCCCCCGGCUCCCCCUCGGCUGAGCGUCGGCGAUCUCACACCCAAGAUCUCGCACGGACCCACCUCGGUCGGGCCCUUCCCCCCGGCCAAGCAUGUUGUCCUGGCUAUCGAGACCAGCUGUGAUGACACCUGUGUCUCAGUCGUCGACAGCAACCGUAUGAUCCGGUCCAACAUCCAGCUCUCGCAAUUCCAGGCUCUCCGAUCCUUCCAGGGGGUGCAUCCUCGGGUAGCAAGCGCCUUCCACUCAACCCGUCUGCCGAUCGCCAUCCGCACUGCGAUCCAGACUGCUGGGAUCCACUUGUCCGAUCUCUCGGCCGUGGCAGUCACGCGCGGUCCCGGGCUGUCUCCCUGCCUGGCGGCCGGAAUUGCCUCGGCUCGGGUCAUCGCCGCCACCACGAACCUGCCGCUGCUCGGGGUUCACCACAUGGAGGCGCAUGCGCUGACAGCGCGCCUGACCCCCCUGGGCCGCGUUCACACCCCGGAGGAUAUCAGCACCAUGCCCGCCCCGGCCAACAUCGACUUCCCCUUCCUCUGCGUGCUCAUUUCCGGCGGGCACACCCUGAUUGUGGUGGUCCGGUCGUUGGACCACUUCGAGGUGCUCGGCACCACCCGCGACAACAGCAUCGGCGUCGCCUUCGACAAGGUCUCCCGGUCGUUGGGCCUGGCCUGGCAGGCAGGCGCCCUCUCGGGCGCCACGCCGAGUGGUAUUGCUCCAGGCGCCGCGCUCGAACUUGCUGCCGAGCAUGGCGAUCCCACCGCUUUCAACUACUCGGUGCCCUUGGCCAAGCAUCCAGGCAUCGGAUUUAGCUAUGCCGGUCUCAUGAGCUCGGUCAUCCAGCUCAUCGAGGCUGAGGCCUCUCCAUCGGAGGAGUUUGUCAACAACAUCGCUGCCUCCUUCCAGCAGACAGCUUGGUUACACAUGCAGCAGCAACUGAACCGCACCGCACGCCAUCUGGCCGCCGAGAUGGGCACAUUCAAGCACCUGGUGGUCAGCGGCGGCGUGGCUCAGAACCGCUUCCUCCGCAACGGCUUUGUCAACUUCGCCGAAAAGCAUGGCCUCACGCCAUCCUUCCCCCCGGCGGCCCUGUGCUCGGACAACGCGGCCAUGAUUGCAUGGGCAGCUCUCGAGCGACUUGAGGCGAUGGAGCCCCAGGCCUUGGGCUGUACAUCGCUGCCCGACUUCGGCUUCAUCUCCUCCUGGCCAUUGGACACCAGGACGCGUGAGCGCCAGCAGGCUGAGGCCAUGGCCGAUCCGAGCGCCAACCAGACACUCGGCUACCACUCAGACGAUGUGCGCCUGCUGGCCCUCGUGGAGGGGGAGCUGGCUUCGCAAAGGGAGCACCUCCGCCAGGAGGCCCUCCCCGAGGCCGUCGAGCAGAGGGCCGCCACGGCGCAGGCCAGGGCGGAGCGCCGUGCUGCGGCCCGGCGCCAAUCACGCGAGCGCCGUGAUGCUGCUGCCGCCAUCCCCACCGCCGCUGCCACCAUCGACAACGCCAGCCUGCCCUGCUCAACUCCCUCCUCUUAGAUUUCUGGGACGCCAUCCUACAUGGAGUUCUCCUCUUGGAGAUCGGCGGACAGCCCCCCCCCCCCCUCCCCUCCCGCCUGCCCUGUGCCCUGGCCGCUCACCCAUGUUCCUGUCCAUUGUAUGUGUGCGUGUGUGUGUGU